CGGCGGCGGCGGCGGCGGCGGCACUGGCAGCGGGAGCAGCUGGGCCGCCAGCGUGGAGCGGGAGGCGUGUGGGUGUGAAGAGAAGGGAGCGCCAGACCGGAACGGGUGAGCAUGUGUACAUCUCAUGAUUGAAAUGAAGAAACAAGUUAUGGGCCAAAGGUCAAGAUACUUCUCUGGGAAAUGCUGUUGCUGAUGCUGCUUGACAAAGUCAUACAAUGAGUGUCUGGAUCAAGGAAGAUUGUUGUAUUUAAAAGAUUUUCAUCUUGGAAAUAAAUCAAGUGAAAAUUAGAUUCUUUUGGGAAACAUUUUCCUCUUGAUAAAUUAUACCUGUAAUGGGCGACAUGGCAAACAACUCAGUUGUAUAUGGUGGUGUGAAAAACUCUUUGAAGGAAGCUAAUCAUGAUGGAGACUUUGGAAUUACGCUCGCAGAGCUGCGUGCUCUCAUGGAGCUCAGGUCCACAGAUGCAUUACGGAAAAUACAGGAAAGCUACGGAGACGUCUAUGGAAUUUGCACCAAGUUGAAAACGUCUCCCAAUGAAGGUUUAAGUGGAAACCCUGCAGAUUUAGAAAGAAGAGAAGCAGUGUUUGGAAAGAACUUUAUACCUCCUAAAAAGCCAAAAACCUUUCUUCAAUUAGUAUGGGAAGCAUUACAAGAUGUCACUUUAAUUAUAUUAGAAAUUGCAGCCAUAGUAUCAUUGGGCCUUUCUUUUUAUCAACCUCCAGAAGGGGAUAAUGCACUUUGUGGAGAAGUUUCUGUUGGGGAAGAAGAAGGAGAAGGUGAAACUGGAUGGAUUGAAGGCGCUGCAAUCCUCUUGUCAGUAGUGUGUGUGGUGUUAGUAACAGCUUUCAAUGACUGGAGUAAGGAAAAGCAGUUCAGAGGCUUGCAGAGUCGAAUUGAACAAGAACAGAAGUUCACUGUCAUCAGGGGUGGUCAGGUCAUUCAGAUACCUGUAGCUGACAUUACUGUUGGAGAUAUUGCUCAAGUGAAAUAUGGUGAUCUUCUUCCUGCUGAUGGUAUACUUAUUCAAGGCAAUGAUCUUAAAAUUGAUGAAAGCUCAUUGACUGGUGAAUCUGAUCAUGUUAAGAAGUCUUUAGAUAAGGAUCCUUUACUUCUAUCAGGUACUCAUGUAAUGGAAGGCUCUGGAAGAAUGGUAGUUACAGCUGUAGGUGUAAAUUCUCAAACUGGAAUUAUCUUUACCUUACUUGGAGCUGGAGGUGAAGAGGAAGAGAAGAAAGAUGAAAAGAAAAAGGAAAAGAAAAAUAAGAAACAAGAUGGAGCUAUUGAGAAUCGCAACAAAGCAAAAGCUCAAGAUGGUGCAGCCAUGGAGAUGCAGCCUUUGAAGAGUGAAGAAGGUGGAGAUGGUGAUGAAAAAGAUAAGAAGAAAGCAAAUUUGCCAAAAAAGGAAAAAUCUGUUUUACAAGGGAAACUUACAAAGCUAGCUGUCCAGAUUGGCAAAGCAGGUCUAUUGAUGUCUGCCAUCACAGUUAUCAUUCUUGUAUUAUAUUUUGUAAUUGAUACCUUCUGGGUUCAGAAGAGACCAUGGCUUGCUGAAUGCACACCAAUUUACAUUCAAUAUUUUGUGAAGUUCUUCAUUAUUGGAGUUACAGUUCUAGUGGUUGCAGUGCCAGAAGGUCUUCCACUUGCAGUCACUAUCUCACUGGCUUAUUCAGUCAAGAAAAUGAUGAAAGAUAAUAAUUUGGUAAGGCAUCUGGAUGCUUGUGAAACCAUGGGAAAUGCUACAGCUAUUUGUUCAGAUAAAACAGGAACAUUGACAAUGAACAGAAUGACAGUUGUUCAAGCUUACAUAAAUGAGAAACAUUAUAAAAAGGUUCCUGAACCAGAAGCUAUUCCACCAAAUAUUUUGUCAUACCUUGUAACAGGAAUUUCUGUGAAUUGUGCUUAUACAUCAAAAAUACUGCCACCAGAAAAAGAGGGUGGAUUACCGCGUCAUGUUGGUAAUAAAACUGAAUGUGCCUUGUUGGGACUUCUUUUGGAUUUAAAACGAGAUUAUCAGGAUGUUAGAAAUGAAAUACCAGAAGAAGCACUGUACAAAGUCUACACCUUCAAUUCUGUUAGGAAGUCCAUGAGUACCGUCCUGAAAAAUUCAGAUGGAAGUUUUCGAAUAUUCAGCAAGGGAGCAUCUGAGAUAAUUCUGAAAAAGUGUUUCAAAAUCUUGAGUGCUAAUGGUGAGGCAAAAGUAUUCAGACCAAGGGACCGUGAUGAUAUUGUAAAAACUGUGAUUGAACCGAUGGCAUCAGAAGGCUUGAGAACCAUAUGUCUUGCAUUCAGAGAUUUUCCAGCAGGAGAACCAGAACCAGAGUGGGAUAAUGAAAAUGAUAUUGUCACCGGCCUUACAUGCAUUGCUGUUGUGGGGAUUGAAGAUCCUGUGAGACCUGAGGUGCCAGAUGCAAUAAAGAAAUGUCAGCGGGCUGGAAUUACUGUGCGGAUGGUCACUGGUGAUAAUAUUAAUACUGCUCGGGCUAUUGCUACAAAAUGUGGUAUUUUACAUCCAGGGGAAGAUUUCCUAUGCCUAGAAGGUAAAGAUUUUAACAGAAGAAUACGAAAUGAAAAAGGAGAGAUUGAGCAAGAGCGGAUAGACAAGAUUUGGCCAAAGCUGCGAGUACUUGCAAGAUCAUCCCCUACUGACAAACAUACACUAGUGAAAGGUAUAAUUGACAGCACAGUCUCAGAACAGCGCCAGGUAGUAGCUGUCACUGGUGAUGGUACAAAUGAUGGCCCAGCACUAAAGAAAGCGGAUGUUGGAUUUGCAAUGGGUAUUGCUGGAACUGAUGUAGCUAAAGAAGCAUCUGAUAUUAUUCUCACAGAUGACAACUUUACAAGUAUUGUGAAAGCAGUUAUGUGGGGACGAAAUGUCUAUGACAGCAUCUCAAAAUUCCUUCAGUUCCAGCUUACUGUUAAUGUAGUAGCAGUGAUUGUUGCUUUCACAGGCGCUUGUAUUACUCAAGAUUCACCACUUAAGGCUGUACAGAUGCUCUGGGUAAAUCUCAUAAUGGAUACGCUUGCCUCCCUGGCUCUGGCAACGGAACCGCCCACCGAAUCCCUCUUGCUUCGGAAACCUUAUGGUAGAAAUAAGCCUCUCAUCUCACGCACGAUGAUGAAGAAUAUCUUGGGUCAUGCAUUCUAUCAACUUGUAGUAGUCUUUACACUCUUGUUUGCUGGAGAAAAGUUUUUUGAUAUUGAUAGUGGAAGAAAUGCUCCUUUGCAUGCUCCUCCUUCAGAACAUUAUACCAUUGUUUUUAAUACCUUUGUGCUGAUGCAACUUUUCAAUGAAAUAAAUGCCCGGAAAAUUCAUGGUGAAAGGAAUGUGUUUGAAGGAAUCUUUAAUAAUGCCAUCUUCUGCACUAUUGUUUUAGGCACUUUUGUGGUACAGAUAAUAAUUGUGCAGUUUGGUGGAAAACCUUUCAGUUGUUCAGAACUUUCAGUAGAACAGUGGCUAUGGUCAAUAUUCCUAGGAAUGGGAACGUUACUCUGGGGCCAGCUUAUUUCAACAAUUCCUACUAGCCGUUUAAAAUUCCUAAAAGAAGCUGGUCAUGGAACACAGAAGGAAGAAAUACCUGAGGAAGAAUUAGCAGAGGAUGUUGAAGAAAUUGAUCACGCUGAAAGGGAGUUGCGGCGUGGCCAGAUCUUGUGGUUUAGAGGUCUGAACAGAAUCCAAACACAGAUUCGAGUGGUGAAUGCAUUUCGUAGUUCUUUAUAUGAAGGGUUAGAAAAACCAGAAUCAAGAAGUUCGAUUCACAACUUUAUGACACAUCCUGAGUUUAGGAUAGAAGAUUCAGAGCCUCAUAUCCCCCUUAUUGAUGACACUGAUGCUGAAGAUGAUGCUCCUACAAAACGUAACUCCAGUCCUCCACCCUCUCCCAACAAAAAUAACAAUGCUGUUGACAGCGGAAUUCACCUUACAAUAGAAAUGAACAAGUCUGCUACCUCUUCAUCCCCAGGAAGCCCACUACAUAGUUUGGAAACAUCACUCUGAUUGUAAGCUGAAUGUUAACACACUAGCUGCAUUGUAAAGAAUCAAAUUGAAACUGGGUCUUUUCACAUAUUGUGACGGACAAGAUGAUAUUCUUGUCUUUGGACUUCAACAGAAGACACACUUGUACGAAUGUAGAUUUAUUUUUUUAAAAAAAAAGCAAAGCUUUCUGCCAGACUGAGGGUGCUUUUUGGGGGGUGGGAGAAACGAACUGACAGAUAAACAGUAACUCAGUGUAAGUGACCCGUGGAUCACCAGUAGUACCCAAGGAUGGUCCUGAACAGUGUAUUAGCAGAGCUUUAGUUUAUCUCAGUCCUUGAUGGGAGAGAGGGAGGAGUAAAGGUGGGCAAGACAAAGAGCCCUGGAUCAUUGAAUUGAUAUUUUAAUUUCUGCUGUUGGCUGUUAAUAAUUUGGAUUAUUUAUGUUUAUAA